UUUUUUUUUAAACAAUUCUUUCAAAGCUAGCCAACCAGCUACGGGUUCAAACACGAACAAUUGUGCCAGACUUCAUUCAAAACGUCAGCGAGUAAUUCCGGAAGGUAGUAUAUUUUACGUUUGGAUUUACUUAACAACUUUCACCGGUUUGUUCUGUUAUAGGAUUGAAACAGAACCGCUUGGGGACAAAAAGCACAAAUAAGUUGCGGUCUCUCGCGUGAAGAUAUGGCGACCCAAACCCCAAGCCGCGCUGCCGCCGAAUCUGGCCGGGCGACUGCUACCUCGACGCCGCUCUCCCCGACCCGCAUCUCCCGCUUACAGGAGAAAGAGGACCUGCGGCACCUGAACGACAGACUGGCCGUGUAUAUCGAUCGCGUCCGGUCUUUGGAGCUGGAGAACAACAGGCUCUCGCUGAAGGUCUCGGAGAAGGAGGAGGUCACAACCAGAGAGGUGACCGGGAUUAAAUCUCUGUAUGAGGCAGAACUGGCGGAUGCCAGACGUGUCCUUGAUGAGACUGCAAGAGAGAGAGCAAAACUCCAGAUCGAUCUGGGCAAGGUCAACUCUGAGCUAGAGGAGGUCACGAAGAGCUUUAAGAAGAGGGAUGGUGACUUGGCUUUAGCUCAGGCCCAUAUCAAGGAACUGGAGUCUCAGUAUAACCAGAGCGAAGCAUCACUCGCUACUGCUCUCAGUGAGAACACAGCUCUCUGUGCAGAGAUCACUGACCUGAAGAACCAGCUCGCUAAGGCUGAGGAUGCUCAUGCUGUCGCUAAAAAGCAGCUGGAGACCGAAACACUGAUGCGAGUGGAUGUGGAGAACCGCUGUCAAAGCCUGUCUGAGGAACUUGAGUUUAGGAAGAGCAUGUUCGAGGAGGAGGUGCGUGGGACAAGGAAGCGCCAUGAGAAGCGGAUGGUGGAGGUGGACAGUGGAGGUAAGAUGGAGUAUGAAUACAAACUGGCCCAGGCUCUGCAAGACCUACGCAAGGAACAUGAGGAGCAGGUCAACUUCUACAAGACUGAGCUUGAGCAAACCUUCCAGGCCAAGUUGGAGAAUGCCAAGGUGUCCUCUGACGUCAAUGAUAAGGCAGUGAACACAGCACGGGAGGAGCUGCAGGAGGCUCGUGUCAGGAUCGAGGGGCUGACUUAUCAGCUCUCUGCACUCCAGAAACAGGCAGCAGCAGCAGAGGAGCGCAUACGUGAGCUGGAGGACUUGCUGAACAGCGAGCGUGAUAAACACCGCAGAAUAGUGGACGGCAAGGAUCGGGAGAUGGCCGAGAUGAGGGACCGCAUGCAGAUGCAGCUCAACGAGUACCAGGAGCUGCUGGAUGUAAAGCUGGCCUUGGACAUGGAGAUCCACGCCUACAGGAAGCUGCUGGAGGGAGAGGAGGACAGGCUGAAGCUGUCCCCCAGCCCCCCCUCUCGGGUCACCCGAAGUGUGGUCGCUAGCAGCAGCUCCUCCCGCUCCUCCCGUGCUAAGAGGAAGCGUGUGGAGGCGGAAGACGAGACGGGGAGCGCUCCCAGUUUUCGUGUCAGCCAGCAAGCUGAGGCAACAGGCUCAAUCAGUAUUGAGGAGCUUGACCUCGAGGGCAAGAGUGUCACCCUCAAAAAUAACUCCAAUAAGGAUCAGUCUCUGGGUAGUUGGAGGCUAAAGAGGCGAGUUGGAGAGGGAGAUGAGAGAGCCUACAAAUUCAGCCCUAAGUUUGUCCUUAAAGCAGGACAGACUGUUACAGUUUGGGCUGCAGAUGCAGGCGUGGCUCACAGUCCUCCCUCAGACUUGUUGUGGAAGAGUCAGAGCAACUGGGGCAGUGGAGAUGAAACAGUUACUCUGCUGGUCAAUUCAGAUGGAGAGGAGGUGGCAAAGCGAAUGGUCACCAAAAGCGUGGUAGAGAUGGAGAACGGAGAUGACGAGAAUGGAGAUUUUGGAAAUGAAGAUCUUUUUCACCAGCAGGGAGAUCCGAAGACCCGAUCCAGAGAAUGUGCCGUCAUGUGAGGAAGCUUCAUUCACCAGAGUAUUUUCCCCUGAUUGUUCCCUCAGAGCCACUAAUUUUCAUAUUCUUCAAUCUCAAAUCCUUAAAAUAGUUCCCUACCCUACUGCCAGUGUGUUGCUGGAAUACAGUUUUUACAGACCUCGUUUUUUAAAGCCAGAUUACCAUGAACUGUGUAUCAAAGAAUAAUGUUGUUUUUUUAAAUUGCAGUCUAAAAUGUUUUUCUUUUUAUCUUUUUGAUAAGCAUCAAAUGGAAGUUGGACAGCUUCCAAAUACAUGCCUCACCUCCCCAUAAUAGAGGUCUUCACAAUAUAACAGCAGGACAUGACUUGAUGUAUUAAAAAAAAAAAAAAAAAAAAAAAAAAAAAAAAAGUGUAGUACAAGGUAAAAGAUCCUGCAUGGUGAUACAGUAAUGUGUGUCACCAGAUGGUUUGUUAGGUAGGAUGAGAAAUGUUUUGAGACGCUUCGCUUCAUCAUGCAGUUUACUCUAUGUUGAAACUGACAGCUGCCGCUUAGCUUGUGUAUUUUUCGUUUACCACAUCGUUGUAUGGAUAAACAGGGUGGAAAAGGAAUGAUGGGAGAUUCACAGAAAUGAUGACUAAACACCAUUUUGGUGGGGGUUUUUUCUUUCUUAAAUAAUGAUGAGUGACUGAUCAUGUGACACAAAAUCAUGUGACACUGAUCAUUGAAAGUGAAUAAUUGAAACUUUUGGGCAUUUUAGGGAUCUCCAUAGUUUAAUAGGGUGUUUUGUUUUGGUGGAGGUUUUUUUUUUAUCAUGUAACUGGGUACCUGGCUUCUUUUUUUCCUAAGCAUCCUCUGAAAUCAUGCAAACUAAUCCCCUUUUGUGCUUCAGAGAUUGGGAAUCUCAGUAGGACCGGGCUUCAGGGACUGAUUAGAGCCGAUAAAAGAUAUUAUGAUUCAGCACAUCACAGCUGAAACUGAGCUGAUGGCUGAGAAGUGUUCAGAAAGUUCUGAAUUGAUAUUAAUAUUGAGCUGAAUCUUGAUUAUAACAUCCAGACCACACAUUUUAAUUAUAAUGCACUCCAGUUUACAGUGAUUUUCAAGCAAACGUUUACAUAUGGAAUCAGAUACAGCAGGGUAUGUUGUUAUGAGAGAAUGAUCAAUGAUCUGUUACCAUCCUGAAUUGAUUUUCCUAAAACAGCACACCCUUAAGUGCUUUAUUCCUCUUAAACCAAAGCCACAAAGUGUAAACUCCUCUGGUGCAUGGUGGAAAACUGACUUUUACAAAGUAUUGACAAUGGAGAAUCCUUCCAUAGAUAUGUUAAAUGAAACAUCUUUCAGUAAACAAAGUCAAUGAUUUGUUUCUUAAUUGUAAAUUCAUGGAGUGUCCACUAUACAAAUCCCUGUGUAAUUUGUGUCCAUAGAAAACUACCAGAGCUGCUGCUAGAGAAAGUAAAUUGACACCGUCUGACCAGUCAGAUUUGAUCAGUCAAAACCCAUGUAGUAUAAUGCAAAAAUUCUUUCCCCAAGAUGUUAUGAAAUCUGCCAAACAGUUUUUAAGCGAUGGUUAGAUUUUUGUCAUUGCUUAAGGUAUAGUUCAGAUUUUAAGCCACUGCCAAAUAUUAAAUGUUGGUACUUUUCCACCCUGUUCAUUCAAAUGCAGCUGUUAUACAUUAUGAUUUGUAAAAGCUCUUUGUUAUAAUUUUUUUCAUUAUUGUAAAUGUUAAAAUGAGGUUUUUAAAACAAUUAGGACACUGUUAAUAUUUUUCUACAGUUUUAAUCCAAGGUUAUGGGGCUGCAAAUAAACCAACCGCUCUCAGCACCAGCUGUUGUGCACUGGCAACAUUGAGGGAGGCUGAAAUUAGCCAAAUGUCCACCAGCAGCAAAUUUUUAAAAAUUGUAUGUCAUUUUUAGGGGUGCAACAGAUCGCAGAUGAUCCAUGAUCCGUAUGGAUCACGACCCACAGUUCGGCACGCACAAGACCUGCAGAUUAAUUGCGCAGACUAAUUGUAUAACGACCGCAGAGCGAAGGACCAUUUUACUACCUAUGCUUUUUAAGUAAUUUCUUACUUAAAACGCAAUGCCGAGUUGCAGUGAAACUAUACAGAGCAGUCACGUGUUCACGUGACGUGACAUGUUAAUCAGUCAGCAAUAGCUAGCGGAGGAGCAGAAGAACUUGAAAAGCCUCCUGGAUCAUUCAAAUCGCAUGUAUAAGAGCAUUUUGACUUCCCUGUAAAAUAUGAUUACUAAGGAAGGGUGGUGGACAAAACUGUUAUAGUAUGUAGGCACUGUGGCAUGAGAGAGCCAUAUUAAAGUGGCAAUACAUCGAGCAUGGCCACACAUCUGAAGUGACAUCACCCUGGUGUGCCAAUGACAGGAUUCAAAACACAGCAGCGGCACAGCAGCCUCUCACCACUGCACUUAAGCAGCCCUUUACAGCAGAAUCAGAACGGGCUAAAGCGAUUACCAAAUCUAUCGGCAUGUUUUUCGCUGCAGGCAUGAGGCCGUGCUCUGUUGUGGGAAAACAAAAGGUUUAAAUAUAUGUUGAAAGUGAGCAACGCUAUGAAAUACCCUCACACACCCACUUCAGCAUGAACAUCGUGCCAGAACUUUACGAACAGGAAAAAAUCAAAAUGAUCACGGACUUAUCUGAUGCAUCCUCUAUUGCAAUCACCACAGACAGGUGGAUAUCAAGGGCUACAGAAAGCUAUGUAACUGUGACUGCAUAGUACAUCACAGCAAAGUGGGAGAUUCGAAGUCUGGUGCUACAGACAUGCCCCUUCUAUGAGAGUGACACAAGCACAAAUCUAGCGCAGGUACUUAUAGAAGUAGCAGAGUGGAAGUUAAAGAGGCACAAUAUAUGUAGCAAUAUACCAGUGACCACAGAUAAUGUCAAGAGCCAAGUAAUGCAGUGAUAGAAGCUAGACUGGGACCACAGAUCGCUUGCUUUGCAAUUACCAGCCCACAAGCUCAUACAUGAUGUCACAACAAGAUGGAAAUCCACUUAUGGCACGUUGGCGCACUAUCUGGAGCAGCAGGCAGCUAUGUACUCUGUACUGACAGAGAGAACACUGGAAAAAAAAAUAUCAGAGACAUUAUCACCUUGUCUGCUGAUGAUGUGAAAGUGGCAGAGGAGGUCCUGCAGCUGCUCAAACCUCUCAAAACAGUCACAACCCUAUUGAGCACUGAAAAUGCACUGUCUGUGUCCAUGACCUCUGAAAACCAGGAUUCUACAAUCCAUGGCUGCAAAUGAGGAGGACAGCACCAUUAUUAGAGAUGUCAAAGCUGCCAUUAGAGGCAGAAAUGUAAUUUUUAAUUUUUUUGCUGAUCCGAUCCGUGACACAAAACCAUCAUGUGAUCCGAACCAUGAUAUUUGUGAUCCGUUGCACCUCUAGUCAUUUUAGAAGUUUCCCAGGACAGUUAUAACCCUCUGAAUUCAUCCCCUGUGCACAGGAGGGGAAUCCCAGCGGUGCUGAGGUGGACUUCAUAUGCAUUUGAAUGCACGAUGAAUUAUUAAACAUGGCGUAAACUAUUAGCUGCAGGUGAUAUCAGAUGCAACCUUUUAUCAUUCUAAUAUUGGCCUGGGGAGCUGGUUUUUAUCAUCAUCAUCAUUAGGCUGCCCAGUAGAGCGCUUUGCAUAUUGGAUCAUUUUAAUGGGAGUUUGGAAAUCAGGUUUACAUUUUUAUUUUACAAUGUGUAUUUUCCUUUUAAAUUGAAUACGUGAUCAUGAGCCAAGAUCACUGAUUUAACUCACUGUACAGAUUUCAUUAGGAUGAGUGAACAUGUAUGCAUUUGCUGCAGGUCAUCUGAACUAAUAAAAUCAUCACUUUUUAA